AUGGCAAGGGCAACUACUCAUCAAGGACAGCAACUACUCAUCAAGGACAGCAACUACUCAUCAAGGACACCAACUACUCAACAAGGACAGCAACUACUCAACAAGGACAGCAACUACUCAACAAGGACACCAACUACUCAACAAGGACACCAACUACUCAACAAGGACAGCAACUACUCAUCAAGGACAGCAACUACUCAACAAGGACAGCAACUACUCAACAAGGACACCAACUACUCAACAAGGACAGCAACUACUCAUCAAGGACACCAACUACUCAACAAGGACAGCAACUACUCAACAAGGACAGCAACUACUCAACAAGGACACCAACUACUCAACAAGGACAGCAACUACUCAACAAGGACACCAACUACUCAUCAAGGACAGCAACUACUCAACAAGGACAGCAACUACUCAUCAAGGACACCAACUACUCAUCAAGGACAGCAACUACUUAACAAGGACAGCAACUACACAACAAGGACACCAACUACUCAACAAGGACAGCAACUACUCAUCAAGGACACCAACUACUCAUCAAGGACAGCAACUACUCAACAAGGACACCAACUACUCAUCAAGGACAGCAACUACUCAACAAGGACAGCAACUACUCAACAAGGACACCAACUACUCAUCAAGGACAGCAACUACUCAACAAGGACAGCAACUACUCAACAAGGACAGCAACUACUCAACAAGGACAGCAACUACUCAACAAGGACACCAACUACUCAACAAGGACACCAACUACUCAUCAAGGACAGCAACUACUCAACAAGGACAGCAACUACUCAUCAAGGACAGCAACUACUCAUCAAGGACAGCAACUACUCAACAAGGACAGCAACUACUCAACAAGGACACCAACUACUCAACAAGGACACCAACUACUCAACAAGGACAGCAACUACUCAACAAGGACAGCAACUACUGAACAAGGACAGCAACUACUCAACAAGGACAGCAACUACUCAACAAGGACAGCAACUACUCAACAAGGACAGCAACUACUCAACAAGGACAGCAACUACUCAACAAGGACAGCAACUACUCAACAAGGACAGCAACUACUCAACAAGGACACCAACUACUCAACAAGGACAGCAACUACUCACCCAACAUCAGCAACUACUCAACAAGGACAGCAACUACUCAUCGAGGACAGCAACUACUCAACAAGGACAGCAACUACUCAACAAGGACAGCAACUAA